CCCUUCACCGCCGCAUCACCCGUCGCAAUUAAAUAAUGAGAAUAUACGCUUCUUAAAUCUUCGUUAUCCUUCAUUCACGCCAAUCCUAUGCAGCUGAAUUAGAUUGCAUUCACGUUCUUGUUGCACUUCCAUUGUUGCUUUGCUACUGCCCCUUUCACGAUUUCGUCUUUCUAGCUUUACGCGUCCCGCAAUGAUAGACGCUAUCUCCACCUCGGGGCCGGGCCUGACGCUUCGUCUGGCUGUGGGCACGAUCUUUCUCUUGUACGCGACUUAUAUAUAUAUCCAAAGACGAAAAGAUUAUGAUGCCGAUAGGCUCUUCGGUGAGAAACAUGGCUGCAUGCCGCUUAAAAGACGGCUUCCUUACAAAUGGCCUUUGGCACUCGAUGCUUUCAAGAGACAAUACGAUGCUCUUGUUGCGGGAAAUCUCUUAGCCUUCCAAUCCGAAUACUUCGAGGAGACGCAAGUAGGCCAGACCUUCGAAGUCAAACUGCUGGGCAGGGUCGGAUAUUUCACCUUAGAUCCUCAAAAUCUCGAGGCCAUUCUGUCAACCAACUUCGAAGAUUGGGGACUGGGUUCUCGACGCGAAGGUCUUUAUCCUAUGAUUGGAGAGGGCAUCUUUACGCAAGAUGGCCAUCAAUGGAAGCACUCCCGAGAAUUGCUACGCCGCCAAUUCGUGCGCAUCCAGUAUCAAGAUGUGAAAGUCUUUGAGACGCCUAUCAACAGCUUGCUCGCUGCACUUUCAUCUCAGACUGGUGUCAUUGAUCUACAACCCGAAUUCUUCAGAUUUACUCUUGCUACUACGACUUCACUCAUCUUCGGGGAACCAUUUGCUGGACUUACUCCCAAAGAUCACGAAGUGUUUGAAGAGAACUUUGACUACUGUGCACUUAUCGGUGCUAUGCGAUUGCGCCUCGCAAACUUUUGUUGGCUCUACAACCCUUCGAAAUUCAAGCAGGCUUGCGCAGAAGUGAAGAAAUAUGCCACAUACUACGUCAACCAUGCUCUGAAAGACCAGGAGGAGAACGGCGAGGAGGAAGCUGCCGACCGACAUCCAUUUAUCCUGGAUCUCUACAAAGAGCUUCGAGAUCCCAUUCUUGUACGUGACCAGCUCAUGAACGUAUUGAUUGCUGGCAGAGAUACGACUGCUUGUCUAAUGUCAUGGACUUUCUACCUCUUAGUCCGCCAUCCAACAUCUCUCGAGCGUCUUCAACAAGAGAUACAUUCCAUAGCCACUAACGGGCAGAAUGUAACGCGAGCGCAGAUUGCUAAAAUGCCGUACCUCAAGUGUGUCCUGAAUGAGACCAACAGACUCUACACCCAAAUCCCAGUGAACGUCCGCGAAGCCACGAAAACGACGUAUAUCCCUCGAGGCGGCGGUCCAGACGGCCAAUCUCCCGUGCUAAUCCGCAAAGGGUUUGGUAUCGGUUUCUCUCCAUACCACAUGCAUCGCUCGAAAGACAUCUACGGGGAAGACGCCAACGAAUUUCGACCCGAGAGAUGGGAAGGCCCACAACUCAAGAACAUCGGAUUUGGAUUUAUGCCUUUCCAUGGUGGGCCGAGACUUUGCCUUGGCAAGGACUUCGCGCUCACGGAAGCUUCGUAUGGGAUUGUGAGGAUUUUGCAGACAUUUCCAAAUUUAAGACUGGGGCCAGAUGAGCCGAAGGUGCAGAGUGGACAAGAGAAACAGACUCUCACCAUCGUCGUUGCGAGUGCCGAUGGGUGCAAGGUGUUGCUGAGUUGAAGAACAAGCGAGCGAGCAGCUGGGCGCACUGCUUUCGAAGCGUGGUAAAAGAAUGGUGUAAAGCAUAGAUUAGCGGAAUGUACGACUUCUCUCUCUGAUUCUAGGCGACCCCAAUCUCUGUAACUCUCUAGCCUUACCCAGCUGCUAUCUGCUCACCCUCCUCAACUAGAGGGGUACUCCGUCCAUAUCACCCGAAAUCUUGUCAAAGAUUACUUGGAUACUUUUGAUAGCUUUGAGAGCCUAACAAUGUCUUUGUUUUACGCUUUGUUUAUUCAUGAUUUGAAAUACC